CGCCAACCUCAUCACAAGGAGAGAAAAUUGUCCGAGGGUUGAGAGUUCGGCCAUGACAGACACCAACUGAAGAUCUAUCCGUCUGUCUGUCUGUCUGUCUAUCUGAGGAUGCUGAAGACAUGCCUCACCGCUGCCCUCUGCAUCUCCUGUAAUCCCGGGGCGGCCCACAAUGGCGUCGACACAGGCGGCGAGGGUAACCUGCUGCGUGGGGUGACGGUUCCUCAGUAUGCCUUCGCGGGCGGGCAGGCGACCCUCAGCUGCUCCUACGACCUCCACAAGACGCGGCUGUACUCCCUCAAGUGGUACCACAACAACACCGAGUUCUACCGUUACGUGCCCACCGAGAGGAAGACGCCGAUCAACAUACAGCCCUCGCACAAGUUUACAGUGACGGAGCUGUUUAGGGACGACAAGAGGGUCACGCUAUCUCUUACUCGCCUCUCCGUCACGGCGUCUGGCCAGUACAGAUGCGAGGUCAUAGCCGAGCAUCCUUCAUUCAGGACGGAGUGGAACAAGGCAUCAAUGACUGUCCUGCGUCAGCCCCUCUCUGCCCCUGUGUUGGUGGGGGCGCGCGAGGUGUAUGAGCCGUCGGAGGUGAUCAAGAUAGGUUGUCAGCCCGGGACGCCGCUACACGGAGACCACCAGCCCUCACUCACCUGGUUCUUGCAGGGAGACGAGGUUAGCCAGGAGUGGGUGCAGCCGUACGGGAGUGCCCUGCAGGGGGGCGUGCCUGGUGUGUCACUCCACGUCCCUGGGGAGAAGGUGGCCGAGGCAGGUGGCAGCAUACAAGUGGAGUGCCGGCUCACCCUCGGGCCGCACCAGCUGGCCACGAACAAGACGAUCCGGGUGAGACUGCGAGUUUUGGUGGACGACCCGCUGGCCUCUGAGUAA